AUGACUUUCUCAGAGGAUAGGAACUACACUGCAGUGACAGAGUUUAUUUUAUUGGGCUUAACAGAUGACCCGGUCCUUAAAGUCAUCCUCUUCACCAUCAUCCUGUGCAUCUACCUGUUGACUAUGUCUGGGAACCUCAGCACCAUCUUUCUCAUCAGAGUCUCUUCCCAGCUUCAUCACCCAAUGUACUUUUUUCUUAGCCACUUGGCUUCUAUUGACAUGGGUAUCUCAUCAUCUGUCACACCCAAUAUGCUUGUUAACUUCCUUAUAAAGCAACAUACCAUUUCCUACAUUGGAUGUUCUAUACAGUUUGGCUCAGCUGCUUUCUUUGGGACAGUUGAAUGCUUCCUUCUGGCUGCCAUGGCUUAUGAUCGCUUUGUAGCAAUCUGCAACCCACUGCUUUAUUCCACCAAAAUGUCCACAGCAGCCUGUAUCCAGUUGGUUAUAGGAUGUUAUAUACAGGGUUUUCUUAAUGCUUCUUUUUUUACUCUUUCCUUCUUUUUAUUGUUCUUCUGUGGACCAAAUAAAAUCAAUCACUUUUACUGUGAUUUUGCUCCUUUGGUUGAACUCUCCUGUUCUGAUGUCAGUGUGUCUGUUGUUGUUAUCUCAUUUUCUGCUGGUUUUAUCACAAUGAUAACAAUGUUUGUUAUAGCUAUCUCAUAUUCCUAUAUUUUCAUCACCAUUAUGAAGAUGCACUCCACUGACAGUCGACAGAAGGCCUUUUCCACCUGUGUCUCCCAUCUCACUGCAGUCACUCUUUUCUAUGGAACUGCUAUAUUCAUUUAUGUAAUGCCCAAGUCCAGCUACUCCACUGACCAGAACAAGGUGUUGUCUGUGUUCUACACAGUGGUGAUCCCCAUGUUGAACCCCCUUAUCUACAGUCUCAGGAAUAAUGAGAUUAAGAAUACUCUGAAGAGACAUAUUGGUAAGAAAAUAUUUUCUUAG